UGGAAAUUGAAAUUCCGUCAUUUUAAAAUUCUAUGGUUUCAAAACAAGAGCGAUGAAUAACAAAGUGAACGGCGUGGAGGAUCCAAGCGUCAACCACAUGGAGAUGGACAAGUCUGGCCCCCCUGCAUCGAACGAAGAUAGCCCAAUUGAUUACAGCAUUCUCCUUAUGCCUUUUCGUAGACGCUCGACAACAGAUUUGCAAGAAGCGUGGCCGGUGCUGGAAUCAUCUUUAGAAGAAUAUGGCAUUUCAUGUGAAUUGGAUAUGGAUCAGUUUUUCAUAACAUUCACAACAACCAGGGCUAAGGACCCAUACGCUAUUCUCAAUUCUAGAUAUCUUAUCCGACUUUUGGCAGCAGAAGUUCCUCCACGUCAGGCAUUAAAAGUAAUGUACGGAAUGCCAUGUUACCUUAUCUACACUGGGUAUCAUUUAGGUGGGCUUUGCUCAAAAUUUGGGAUCAAGACGGAUAAAUAUGUUUCCCGGAAGAAAUUGCUCAUGACUCUCCCGAUACAGGAACUUGAAAAACUAACAGGCUGUUCCAUUUAUCUCCGCCCAAAUAAUGACAUGGUUGCUGCGAUGGGUCCAAUUAAAGGAUUGAAGCUAGUUAGGAGUAUUGUGGAAGACUGCAUUGUUCAUAAUAUGCCUCCGGCACAUCGUGUAAAGAGGCUUGCAAAUUAUGUUCAAGCAAUUAAGGGCGUUGAGGCGUUGAGAUUAUGAUGAAUAAUCUGGAGGUUGAGAGAUUGAAUGUUGGGUUCUGCUGCUCCAAUUGUGGUCGUUUAGUCCAUGAGUUUACAUUACACUACAAGAUGAUCAAUUCUAUAACUAAAAAACUAGGAAUUGAAGGAUGGAUUCUGCAUUUUAGAAAUAUAUUAUUUACUUUUUGAGAUGCUUAAUUUGUUGUGUUUCGAUGUA